AACAUGGCGAGUCAGCCCGGAGCCGCUCUCCGCCUCUUUCUCCUGAUCAGCGGGCUCCGAGCCGGAUUACUCCAGCAAGGGAGAAGUUCCAGUCUCCAUGGGUCUUCAGAAAACUUUGCCCUACCUGAUUCGUUCUAUGAGCAACUACAAAGCUCUGGAGAGCGCCAGAAUCUUGAGACAGAAAAUGUGACUGUGGUGGAGGGAGAAGUUGCAACCAUUAGUUGCCGGGUCAAGAACAAUGAUGAUUCUGUAAUCCAGUUGCUGAACCCAAAUCGGCAAACCAUCUACUUCCGAGAUUUCAGACCCUUGAAGGACUCAAGAUUCCAGCUGGUGAACUUCUCCAGUAGCGAAUUGAGGGUGUCUCUCACAAACGUGUCCAUCAGCGAUGAGGGCCGAUACUUCUGCCAGCUCUACACAGACCCCCCACAGGAGGCGUAUACGACGAUUACUGUGCUUAUUCCACCAAACAACUUGGCGAUUGAUGUGCAGAAGGAUACGUACAUAGAAGGGGACGAAGUAGAGAUGAACUGCACAGCCAUGGCCAGCAAACCAGCAGCAGUAAUACGCUGGUACAAGGGGAACCAGGAGCUGGAAGGCAGUAAAACAGAGGUGGAGGCCAUGGACAAUAAGCUGUUCAGAGUUCGCAGUCAAAUAUCGGUCACCAUUCUUCGAGAAGACGAUGAGGUUCCCUUUGUGUGUCUCGUUGACCAUCCAGCUGUGAAGGACAUGGAGACCCGACAGUACAUUGAUGUGCAAUAUAAACCUGUGGUGAUGGUGUCGUUGGUUUAUCCUCAGGGUCUUACCAGGGAAGGGGAACCUCUUGAGCUAUCCUGCAGAGCAGUUGGUAAACCCAGACCAGAGAAAGUCACGUGGGUGAGAGUAGAUGAUGAACUUCCCCAGCAUGUCACCAUCGAGGAUGAAAAGCUCUACAUCAGCAGCCUAAACAAGACAGAUAAUGGCACGUACAGGUGCGAGGCCUCCAACAGCGUGGGCAGCUCAUCAGCCGAAUACACGCUCUAUGUGUAUGAUCCCCCCACCACCCCCCCACCACCCACAACAACCACCACUACCACCACAACUACCACACCCUCCACCGCCCCAGACGCAAGUGCAACGACAGAGCCUGCAGUUCACGAUACCCGGGCAGCAGAAGAAGGUCCUCUAGGUGUAGACCAUGCGGUAAUUGGGGGAGUUGUUGCUGUUGUUGUCUUUGCUAUGCUUUGCCUUCUCAUCAUCCUGGGACGUUACUUUGCUCGGCAUAAAGGAACAUACUUCACCCAUGAAGCCAAAGGCGCUGAUGACGCAGCAGAUGCAGAUACUGCAAUCAUCAAUGCAGAGGGUGGGCAGAACAGCUGUGAAGAGAAGAAGGAAUAUUUUAUCUAGCCUGGCCUUGUUGAAGGGUGUGAGUUCUCUUCAGACUCGCUGCCCUUAGGGAGAAGGACCUUCCAACGUCUUGCGUUUUUUUUAUCAUUUGGUUUUGGAGCGGAUGGAGGAGCGGGGGACCCAUCUGGUAUAAAGUGAUUGCCCCACAACACUCUCUGCUUUUAUUGUUUGCCACUUUCCUUUCAUGGGAAUAACAGGAGCUUGAAAUGCUUGUUUUUACUUUGUGGUGGGGUGGGGGGUAGGGUUACAAGUAAAACAUGGAUUCUGGGCUCUUCAGUGCAGGAGGAUGCUGUAUGCAGAUCUUUCUGCACCCAUAUUUCACAGGCUCCUUGUCCACUGAAGAGACAUAUUUAUCAUCUGCAGACAAUUUGGUGCCUUGCUUGUUUUUUCUUUUUAUUUCACUUUCCCGAGAAGUUCUUGUUGUGUUCCCGGCUGGUUUUUGUGUCACUUCCUGCUGGGGUGCUUUAUAUUCUUGUCUUGUGCCAUUUCCUUCUGAGCGUUCUCUUAUGUUUUGUCUAUCUCAUUACACUUCCCGUUAGGGCUGCUUUUCCAUAUCAUCUGAUUGUGGCCAUGUAACUGUCCUUUUGGUUUGUUGUGCAUCCGCUUCAUCCUCGCUGCUUUUUAUAAGAGCUUUUUCCUGUAAAAAAAAACAUUCCUGUAGUCCAUUCCUACCCACCUGUUGCCUGCUCUUGUGUGUCCUCAUGUCACCUUCUAUAGGGACUGUCCACGUCGUAUAGUUUUUCCAGUCCAUUACGUUUCAUCCUGUUUGCCUUCUGGCUGAUCCAUUCUCAUUGUGUUCAUUCUGCCCAUAUCUUCACUCUCCAACUCUUCAUCUUGGUCCUUUUUCUGUGUGUCCCUUUCUGGGCAUCAAGCGUGUGAUAUGGAGGAGUCAUUCUGCUCUUCUCUGGGAAGUGAAUUUUUCCUCGCUUAAUUAACAAACAGUAAAAAAAAAAAAAAAAAAAAAAAAGACUUUACAGAAGCAACUGCACUUCAGGCAUGAGGAAGCUCCUACAACUUCAUCCCCCACCCCACCUCGGACAGUUGGUGGAAAUACAAGCGGAUGUGCCUUUUUAUUCACAAGGGAGCAAGCUGGAGGAAAAAGAGGGGGUGUACAUGGGAAAAAAAAUUCCUUCUGCUCUGAAAAAUCAAAUUUCAAAUAUUUUCCAACUCAUAGAAAGCCCUUCUUUUUCCCAUCUCUGUCUGUUCAGUCUUUCUACCUCCUUUACCUUUUUAUCCUUUUCAUUGAUCUCAUGCCUUUGUCACUGCAAGUUAUAUUUUUUUUCUUAAAUCUGGCAUUCCUCGCUUCAUUCUUUUCUUCCACAAAAAAAUCUUCCUCCUUCAGUGCUGUCUCUUAGUACAGGGCUGUGAUGUCACUACAGUGUUUCUACACUGCACAGCUGUACCCUCCUGCCACUUUGUUUGAAAUAUAUGGUAGUAAAAGUGCGCAGUACAGCAACCUGUGAAACCGAGGCAUUCAACUCUUCACGUAACUCUACUAAGAGCCACCUGUAUUAUAUAAUCUGUAAUAUUAUUGUGUUGUCUGAAGGGUUCAGUCUGAAGUUGUCAAACUGUAAAACAAUGAGAUGUCAUUGCUGCUAUAGAAGGUGUUAGCAGGGUAAGUGCGUUGCUUUCUUGUCAAUCCCACUGUAUUUUGCUGAGUAGAUCUGCACCUAUAUCGUCUUACAAAAUUUGAAAUGUAGGGGUUAUUUUAAGAUGGUUGCCGAGCUGACUCGUAUGUUUUCUCUUAUGUAUGUGUUAAGAAAGAAUUAAGAUUUUUUUUUUUU